AUGCCACAACUGGACACCUCAACAUGAUUCACCACUAUCACAUUUACAAUCCUAAUACUCUUUACUACAUUUCAACUAAAACUUUUAAAAUUUACUUAUUAUCCCGACCCCACAGAAAAACCUAUUAAAUCGUUUAAACCCAAAAACCCAUGAGAAAAAAAAUGAACGAAAAUCUAUUUAACUCAUUCACAACCCCAACAUUAA